GAGCCUGUCGGCUUCUGCUCCGCCUACUCGGCGGCCCUGCAGAGGCUGGCAGGCGGCCCGGCGCCCCCGGCCGCGGCACCGCCGGCGCAGCCCCCGCAGCGGCCGCCGCCGCCGCUGCAGCAGCCUCGGCCGCAGCAGCCCCCGCAGCAGGCCGAGCAGCUCACGGCACCCCGAGCCGCCCAGCAGCCC